AUGGACAACGCUGAAGUGGGAAUUGUGAAUUGCCAGCCGGACAUCUACGACGAUGCGGUGGUCUUCAUAACGGGUGCCACGGGAUUUGUGGGCAAGACGCUGCUGGAGAAGCUGCUCUGGAGUUUUCCGCGGAUUAAGCGCAUAUACAUGCUGAUCCGUCCCAAGGGCGGAGUCACGGUGCAGGAACGAUUCCGUGGAUUCCUCCAGAAUCCCAUUUUUGAGCGUCUGACGGCCGAGCAUCCGGAGCGGCUGAAGAAGAUCUUUUACUUUUCGGGAAACAUUGAAGACGACAACUUCGGUUUGAAUGAGUCCGACAGAGCCGUGCUGUGUGCCGAGGUGAACAUAAUCUUCCACAGUGCAGCCACGGUGCGCUUCAAUGAGUGCCUGAAGGUCUCGGCCCGCGUCAACUCCCAAGCCACCUUCAAUCUUCUGGAACUGUGCAGGGAGAUGGCUCAACUGCGCAGCUUUCUGUACGUUUCCACGGCCUACUGCAAUCCGGGUCGCAAGUACGUGGACGAGCAGGUCUACCCAACGAUGCCGCCGGUGGACUGGCGGCAGUUCCUCGCCUGCACGCAGAAGAUACCCGAUGACUACCUGAACCGCCUGGCGGACUACAUAAAAGGUCCACAUGUCAACACCUACACCUUUACCAAGUCCAUUGCCGAGCAGAUAGUCAACGCGUAUAGGCACGUGAUUCCCAUCGUCAUCGUGAGACCCUCGAUAGUGACAGCGGCUUAUCGAGAGCCCUAUCCCGGUUGGAUCGACAAUAUCCAGGCCAUCAGCGGGAUCAUGAUGGAGAUCGGCAAGGGAGGCAUCAGCAGCAUCCUUGGAGACAAGAAUUUGAUAUGUGACAUUAUACCAGUGGACUUUGUGGUCAACGCCAUGAUCAUGAUGGUUAGCAAGGCGCAGUUGGGCAGCUUGAGCAUCUGCAACGCCACCUCGGGAGUGACCAAUCCCAUCACCUGGCAGCGUCUGGGGGAACUCACCAUGAAGUGGUCCCGCAUCUAUCCCACAAUGCGAAUGAUCAUGUUUCCCAACUUCAAGUACAGAUGUAGUUCCAUGAAGCACGAAGUGGCGGUGUGGGUGCUGCACUUUGUGCCCGCCCUGCUGAUGGAUCUGCGUACCCUCCUGCUGGCCCAGAAGAAGCGCCUGGUCACGCCCAUAGCCAAGAAGUUUCGACAGGCCUGUCUGGCAGGCAGCUUCUUUUCACUGAACGAAUGGAUCUUCAAGAACAAAAGUCGCUUUUAUUUCAAGGAGCUCAUCAAUAAUGGCACAUAUCCCACGCUCUAUUGGAACCUAGAGGAGCUCGACUACGACGACUAUGUUAGACGCCACAUGAUCGGCAUAAAUAAAUACCUUCACCGCGAAAAGUUCACCGUUGAUGCCAACAAAUUUAUGGUGACCAGGAUCUACUGGUUUUGGAUUUUCCUGCAUCUGCUUUUCUACAUGAUGCUUGUGCUCUUCAUAUUUUAAUAAAAUUAAGCU